AUGGCAACACAGCUUCCCACCCGCAAGCUGGGCAAGAACGGGCCGCAAGUGACAGCGCUGGGCUUUGGGCUGAUGGGCUUGAGUGCGUUCUACGGCGCACCCAAGUCCGACGAAGAGCGCUUCAGCGUGCUCGACCACGCAUACAACGCGGGAGAGCUGUUCUGGGACAGCGCCGACAUGUACGGCGACAACGAAGACCUCAUCGGCAAAUGGUUCAAGAAGAACCCGGGCAAGCGGGAAAAGAUCUUCCUGGCGACCAAAUUCGCCAACUACGUCGACCCCGUCACCCAAGAGCGGUCGGUGCGGAACGAGCCAGACUACAUCCGGAAAGCCGUCGACACGUCGCUCAAGAGGUUGGGGAUUGACCAGAUCGACCUGUACUACGUGCAUCGCAUCCAGGACGACCAGCCCAUCGAGAUCACCGUCGGCGUGCUGAAGGAGCUGCAGCAGGCCGGCAAGAUCAAGUACAUCGGCCUCAGCGAGAUGAGCGCCGACACGUUGCGCCGCGCCGAGAAGGUGGUGCACAUCGACGCCGCGCAGGUCGAGUACAGCCCCUUCUCGCUCGAGAUCGAAGAUCCCCAGAUCGACGUCCUCAGGGCCGCGCGCGAAACGGGCACGGCCAUCGUCGCCUACUCGCCUCUCGGCCGUGGCUUCUUGACUGGAUCGCUGAGGUCGCCCGACGACUUCGAGGAGGGCGAUUUCCGGAAGUUCGCUCCCAGGUUCAGCCCGGAGAACUUCCCCAAGAAUCUGAAGCUGGUGGAUGAGUUCAAGGCGUUGGCGGACGCCAAGGGCGUGACGCCCGGCCAGCUCGUCCUGGCGUGGCUGAUGGCUCAGGGUGACGAUAUUUUCCCCAUCCCCGGCACCACCAAGAUCAAGAACUUUGACGAAAACAUUGCGUCUCUCAAGGUCAAGAUCUCCAAGGAGGACGAUGAGAAGAUCCGAAACGCGAUUUCACAGGUCGAAGUCGGUGGAGGCCGGUACCCCGAGGCGUUUGCAAAGGCACUUUAUGUGUCGACGGUGCCGUUGAAGAAAUAG